AUGUCCAAUCUGGAGAGUAAUAGUGAUAGUUACAAUAAUGGGUCGUUAAUAACAACAACAGAAAAUGCUGCUACUAGUGUGAAUAACAGUAAUACAAACAAUACUGCACAGCAUUUGCCCUUACGGAAACGAGUGGGUCCAGCUGUCUUGAAAUGGCAGCCGGUUGAAACACCUGAAGAGCAAUCUCAGCAUGCCAUCGAUUCAAAACCUAUAUCUACCACCUUUAUAACUAGCAACAAUAAUACCACUGACACCACAACGACUACAAUUACUCCUACUUCUUUUCCUACAUCGACAACAACUGCUACCUACACCACACCUUUGACUAAAUACCCACUUUAUUCACAAUACCCAACCUCCUCAAUUGAUUCUGACGGCGGAGGCGAUACCACAGAAACUGAUGAAGAAAAGCAGUUAAAAAGAGAAGAAUUUAACCAUUAUAACCAUGCCAGUACCGCUCCUCCUCCUUCUACAAACAGUAACAAAAGAAUAAAAGAAAGCUCGCCUCAAACAGUAAAACCAGCGAAAAAACUGAAAAGAGGUCGGCCUCCACUGAAUAAAAAUCCAAGCAGUAAUCAACACUCAACAGCGCCUCUUACUCCUGGUUCGUCACCGGCUAUGUCAAUAACAGCGGCCACAGGACUACAACAACAACAGACGAAACCCUCAACUGUAGAUAAUACCGUUUUGUACUGUAUCUGUAAGAGGCCUUAUGACGCACCACGAUUUAUGAUUGCUUGUGACAAAUGUAACGAAUGGUUCCAUGGCGAAUGUAUUGAGAUUGACGAAAAGCAGAGCGAAUUUAUUGAUCUUUAUUAUUGUGAUAACUGUUCUAAAUUGACAGGUAAAAAGACUUCAUGGAAACCAAAAUGUGCUAAUCCUGCUUGUUCAAAACCUGCUCGAAUUGGUACAAACCAAGGUCAUCUUAGUAAAUAUUGUACGGACAACUGUGGUAUGCAAGUAGCACGUGCUCGAAUUGAAUUGGCUGAAAUAAAGAAAAGAAACGCUUUAGGUGCCUCCACUAACGGUGCAGGAGUCAACAUCACUACUACAACUGUCGCCCAAUCCCCCUCUGCUGCGACCAAUACCUCCAUUACUACAACUACCGCAACAGAAUCUAUACCCCAUAGUAACUCUGAAGAGCAACAAAUAUAUAAUCCACUUUCAAGAUUGAAACUAAGCAGUUUUGCCGAUCUCGAUGACAGAGCAAGGCUAAUGAGAGUUAAAGAUGAGAAAGCGCAUGCUAAAUAUGUUGUCCGAUUAGUGGAAAAAAAAUCAAAGUUUUUAAAUUUAGUAUUACAAUAUCAUCGUCAACAUUUCAAAGAAAAAGGUGUAUGCGGGUUUGACUCAAGAUUAUCCUGGCCUGAUUCCACAUGGGAAAAAAUCCACGAUAUUGCAGUCGAAGAUGGUGGAGAUCAGGGUGAAGAUGAAGAAGUACUAGGUAGCAAUAGUAGUAAUAGUAAUGGUGAAUUUCGGUUCCGUCACUAUAUUUUCAAAGACGAUCAAGGCAAUCCUGUCUAUACCAACAAGGCGUACCAUAUAUGUCAACAGACGAAGAAAUGUAACAAGCAUGCUGAUUGGCAAAAGGUAAAAUUGUCUGAAUUAGAGCAAGAGCGAUCUGAGCAAUUUGUAAUUCUCACCAUGCUCGAAAGGGAGCGUCAACAGAUAAAAGUAAGAAUGAAGAAACGACGUGAAGAAGUAGACCUGGUUGAUUUUCUCGAAAACGGUACAAUAAGACAUUUCAAAUAA